AUGCGCGCACAUCCCCAGUCCGCCGUAGGACUGAUGAGUAUGGGCGGGAAAGGCCCAGAAGUGCUAUCCACAUUCACUACUGACUUCGGCGGCAUUCUGGCCGGACUGCACCGCACGAAGAUCCACGGGACCGCCCACUUCACCUCGAGUAUACAAGUUGCCGGUCUUGCACUCAAACACCGCUCCGAGAAGUCCCAGCGUCAACGCAUCAUCGUAUUCUCUUGCUCCCCCAUCGCCGAAGAUGAGAAGACCCUUGUGAAGCUUGCCAAAAAAAUGAAGAAGAACAACGUCUCCAUAGACGUUAUCGCCUUUGGUGACCUCGAAUCAGACCAGACUAAGAAACUCGAAGCUUUCGUCGAAAACGUCAAAGGCGGCGACGGAUCCAACCUUGCCAUCAUCCCACCCGGUCCGAAUCUGCUCUCCGAGGAACUCCAGGCUUCACCUAUCCUUGGCGGCGAUGGAUCUGGUGGUGCUGGCGGUCUGGGAGGCGGUGAUGGUGGUGAUGGUGGCGCGUUUGACCUGGACGCUGCAGCCGAGAACGACCCCGAGCUCGCCUUUGCGCUGCGUCUGUCGCUAGAGGAAGAGAAGAACCGGCAGGAGAAGGAGAGGCGGGAGCGGGAGGCGCAACAGGGUAAGGAGAAUCUGGAGGGAAUUCCAGAGGAGGGAUCGUCGAGCAAGAAGGAUAACGAGGAUCCGGACAAGAUGGAUACCGCUUAG